UCAUUGUGUCGAGACCGGUCGAAACGUCUGCUACGUUGCGUUUAAACGAUAGCUGCUACAGAUACAUAGCCUGCUGUGAACUAGGAACUAGAACUACUUUUCCCAGAAUGUAAUUCUCCCUUUUGAUUGGUUGCGUUUGUAAUACGUAUGAUGCUGCUGUGCCUAGGCAUGUCCAGAAUAAGCCCGGUAAAUUUGGCACGUGUACUACAUACAUUUCCUUGAAAUCAGGUGAAUAGAGCAGCAGCAGCAGCAGCAUGUCUCAGGAGCCUGAUAAGGAGACCCCCUCUCAGUCGCAAACACAGUCGCAAACGCAAUCCCAGCCCCAGUCACAAAGUGGCUCAAGCUCCUCAUCAUCUGCUCCUACCUCUGGCAGCCAGUCGUCCUCCGGCUCGGGCACGGUCAGCUCUGUGGACACCAUCCCAGUGCGAGACCUCGCCUCCAUCCCGGAGGAGGAGCCAGAACCUGAGCCAUGGGGCCGGCUGUUGCCCAUGGUGUCCGGCUUCAGAGUGCACAAUUGUUUUGAUGAUGAAUAUACGUUUGGAAGGGACAGAAGAUGCAGCUACACCUUCACUGAUACUACCAGCCUAUGGGUGAAAUCUUAUAGUAAACGGCAUUUUCGAAUAUUCAGGGAGAACAAUAUUGUGUUCAUUGAGGACACUAGUGCCAAUGGAACGUAUGUUGAUGCUGUUGAAAUUGGCAAGGGGAAAACAAUUCCUUUAGCCAAUAAUGCAGAGAUAUCCUUGGCUGGACAAAGUCACAAAGUCUUUGUCUUCAUUGAUUUAACUGCAGAUGAACAGGAAAACCUUCCCAGCGAAUUUAAGGCAAAAUACCUGAUGUCACGAAAGAUUGGUGUGGGCGUUUGUGGCGAAGUCAAACUGGCUUUUGAGCGGGAUACAUGUAAAAAAGUUGCGGUGAAAACUAUCAACAAGCAGAACUUUCCAUCCAUUGGAACAGCGACGCGGAAUGCUGAACGAGAGAUUGAAAUCUUGAGAAGAAUUGAUCAUCCUUGUCUCAUAAAAACGGAGGCCUUUUUCCAAACAGAAGAAUCGUAUUACAUCGUGCUGGAGCUGAUGCGGGGUGGAGAGCUUCUGGAGAGAAUCAAAACUCAAGGUCAGCUUAAGGAAGAUGUAGCCAAGCUGUACUUUUUUCAGAUGCUGAAAGGAGUUCAGUAUCUCCACCAGAAUGACAUCAUACAUCGAGACCUCAAACCGGAAAAUAUUCUCCUUUCAUCCAGAGAGGACCAGUGUCUGAUUAAAAUCACAGAUUUCAACCAGUCCAAGAUCUUGGAGGAGUCAUCUCUGAUGAAAACACUGUGUGGAACGCCCAACUACCUGGCCCCCGAGGUCUUCCUCAGUGCCAACACGGAGGGUUACACAAGUGCAGUGGACUGCUGGAGUCUCGGGGUGCUCCUGUUCGUCUGCCUGGGUGGCUACCAGCCCUUCCACCCUGACAUCAGCGAUCUUCCUGUCAGGGAGCAAAUCACUCAGGGACAUUACAGGUUCAUCCAGGCCAAGUGGGAAAAUGUCUCUUCCCCAGCAAGGAACCUUGUGAAGAAGCUCCUUGUUGUUAACCCCACGCAACGGUUGACCAUUGAACAAGCACUGGAGCAUCCGUGGCUGCAGGACGAUGCAAUGAAAAACCUGGCCAACCAGAUCAUGUAUCCUGAAGGUGCGGGUGAUGCUGAGCCCCAGGCACCAUCUCCUCCGCCCUCACCACCACCUCCCUCACCACCACCACCUCCCUCGCAACCCUCCGCAAGCAGGAGGCGCAGACAGGCAGAUACAGACGAGGAGGUGCAGCAACAACCAGCCAAGCGGCAAAGGAAGGAUACCUGAAACAAGCUAAUGCUAGAUACUGGAUUGUGUGUUUUUGUCUCAUCAUUCCAAUUAUGUUGAUAUUUGUAUAUAUUUUCUGUUUCUGAAAUUACUGUAGCCCUUGUUUGGUGCCUUUUCCCUUUCCUUCUCCUUAGAUCAGGUUUUAUAAUAAACUUUCACUUGUGA